GUGGUGUGUGCAGAGAUGGGUUGUAGUGGGUGAGACGAAAAUUUAGUCUGGGAAGUAUCAAUCAAAAAAAAAAAGAAAAAAAAAACAUCAUCUGAAGGAUACAUAAAGAACAAAACCGAGCCAACGAAAGAAAGACAAACAUGCAGCCGCCACCUAGAAAGGUGAAAGAGACUCAGGAGGUGAAGGUGGCCUUUUCGGAACAGGUUGCCCGGUUGCAGAGUAAACACCAGCAGGAGAGCGAGCUGUUGGAGGACAUCAGGUCGUACAGCAAACAGAGGGCAGCCAUUGAAAAAGAGUACGGUCAGGCACUACAGAGGCUGGCUCAGCAGUUUCAGAAGAAAGACUGGCACAAGGGGAAGGGAGAUGUUUUGAAUUCUGGGAGCGUGUUUGCCGUUUGGCGGUCCCUGGUCGAGGCCACGGCGCACGGCGGCGCUUCCCGUCUCGGCGCGGCAGAGGGCUACCGCUCGCUCACCGCCGAGGCCCUGAAGAGCCUGCGGACCGCCAGCGAGCAGCGGGCCAAGAGGGGCCUGGAGCGGCUGCAGCAGGUGCAAGGUGAGCUGGUGGACGCGGUGCGGGAGCUCAACAAAGUGAAGAAGAAGUACUGCCAGCUGGGCCACAUUGCCAGUGUUGCCCGGGAGAAAGCCUCCGAUUCGCAGGCAAGGUCCAAAAAGAGCGACCAUGGAAUUUUCCACUUCAGAACAGGCUUACACAAGGUGACUGCAAAGCUGAACGCCCGGCUCGGAGAGUGCGACCAGCGGCUCAUGGAGGUGCGCAAUGAGUACCUGCUGAUGCUGGUGGCCACCAACUCUCACCACCAGCACUACCUCUGUACCGAGCUGCCCGCCAUCAUGAAGAGCAUGGACGGGGACCUUUACGACCAGGUGCGGGAGCAGCUGACCCUCCUGUGCCACACGGAGAUUGGCGCUAGCCAGUCGACGCAGAGCGAGCUCGCCAGGAUCUGCGAAGACUGCGGCCAGGUAACCAGGGAACAGGACCUCGUGCUCUUCCUCCAGGAAUCCACAGCCUUCACGCGGACGUCGGAGUUCCACUUCCAGAAGGUUCCCGGCGACACGGUGUCCGGCCUGCAGCACAGCAGGACCAGCCCAGAGGGGGAGAGCUGCCUGGACAAGGAGGCGCGCAAGUGGGCCACCAAAGCCGCCAAAGACUACAAAAUUAUCAGCCACGGGGAGAGGGCCCUGCACACGCUGGAGAGGAGGCGGAAGCUGCUGACGGAGGAUACGGGAUCGGGCGUGGAGCUGAAGAUGGAGGAAGUGAAGGAGAGCAUCAGGAAGGCGCAGGUGAGCCGGGUGAAGGCGGAGUCCCGGCUGGCGCUGCUGGCCUCGGCCGGGGUGGACGUGGACCCCUGGGUGUCCAGCGCCAUGGGCCAGGCCGACGAGGAGCUGGAGCGGGAGAGGAGGCUCAGCGAAGCCCGGCUCUCCAACGGAGACGUCUCCUCUCUGGAGGAUGAGUUUGACUUUGAGGAUUUUGAUGAAAAUGGUGACAUCUUCACUGAGUCAACAUCUGGCCCUGGUGUAUGUGGAUACCCUAUGCCUUGCAGGGUCCUCUACAGCUACCAGGGUUGCCAGGCAGAUGAGCUGUCAAUCACAGAAGGGGAGGAGCUUCAGGUUAUUGAGGAUGGUGACAUGGAGGACUGGCUAAAGGCACGCAACGCCACCGGACAGGUAGGAUACGUGCCAGAGAGGUACCUGCAGUUUCUCAGGCCGCCAGCAGAGGGCUCUGCUGCGCACGAGGUCGGUGGGAGCCCUCGACUGGACUCGUCACUCAACAGCUCCGAGUCGUCGCCCGGGUGCUCCACCAGGGGGCAGCAGCGCGUAUCUCACACUGUGGGGCUGGCGCGGGCGCUGUACCAGUACUGCGGGCAGAGUGCAGAGGAGCUGUCCUUCCAGGAGGGGGCGCUCAUACGCCUCCUGCGCUGCGGCCACAGCGACGUGGACGACGGCUUCUGGGAGGGCGAGCUGGACGGCCGCGUCGGCGUCUUCCCCUCCCUGGUGGUGGAGCUGGUCGGGGAGGGUGAGGAGGAGGAGGAGGAGGAGGAAGAGGAGGACGAGUGCUUCUCCUCCCCGACCCCCCCUCCCUUCUCGCCUCCCGUUCCCAUCGCUGGAGCCCCGCCCCCUCAGGAGCACGGCUCCUCCUCCUGCCCGGGCUCCUGGUCCGCGCGCGGCUCCUCGCCCAGAGACCUGGAGGACAGGCUGCUGGGGCCGCCCCAGGACCUGCACAGGCUGCUCGACUCCAGGGGAGACAGUUGCAGCAGUGUCCACAGCUCACCUGAACUCUCGUCAAGGCGCAUACGGCCGGUCCGAGCGCCUCCUCUUCCUCCGUCACACAGGAACUCCCCUGUGCCUUGAAGGACCCGGUUUAGACAAGGGUGGGGACAUCUGUCUCUGGGUGGGACACUCAGGACUUUAUAAAGACAAACUCCUGCUGUCAUCUGUACGGACCAACUCUUCACCAUCGAGGUCACCACCAAGGUUAACCCUGUUCUUACCAUACCGUUCCGUUCAUUACCCUCAUCGUUUGUUUUAUUACGUGAAAAUCAGUGUUUGCAACAUCAUCUUUUUAAACCUUUUUCCCCUUCAUUUGGUCUCCUGUUACAUUUCAGUAAUACUCUGUAUUUCUUGUGCAUCAAAGGGCUGGUCAUGACAGUGCCUGACAUGGCAUUUUGUUUCAAACCUAAAAAAAAAAAACCUGCCUGAUCACGUUAUUUGAGGUUGUUAUCGUAUUUUUAAAACCGUCUUCAUAAGUGGAAGCUCAACAAGUUGUGCUCUUUUAUGGGCUGCUUGCUUCCGUUGUUCUGUAUUUCUUCUCGUUGUGUCAUCGUUUCAGAUUGCGCAGCCGCGGUGCUGUAAAAGACAGAUCUGUCUGACUGAGUGCAGCCGUGCUGGGAGGUUUAGUUUCACCUGUCCUGCAGGAGUCACCUCUCAUUGAACUGCUUCUCAGAGAUACCUGAGCCCCCAUGAAACAGGGUCCUUGCUCAGCGAAAAAAUAAAAUGCGCACAGUGUUAUUUUACUUGGCUGUUUUGAGCAUUUAUAAGUUGUAUUAUUACAUUACAGGCAUUUAGCAGACACUCUUAUCCAGAGCGACUUACACAACUUUUUUACAUAGCAU